AUGUUUAAUGGAGAUACUCCAGCGAGUAACUUUAUUGGAGGCUUCAAGGAAUCUGUUGGUAGCGCACAUCGACCAUGCCGCAAGUGCCUUAUUGUUAGUGAUCAGUUGACCCAGAUUCAGUUUGCUGAAGAAUCUGAAGAAAGAUCAUUGGCGUCUCAUAAUGACCAACUGAGCCUUAUCAACAGACCUGGUAUAGACAAGACACUGAAGCAACAUUUCUCAAAACUGUACGGAAUCAAUAGGACUAGUGUUCUGGCUGAAGUACCAUUCUUUGAUGUUACCACAUGUCUUCCCCAGGAUGCCAUGCAUGUCAUCCUUGAAGGGACUCUCAAUUUGGGAACAAAACUCAUGCUUAACGAUGUCAUGAAGCGUGGUCUCCUUAGCAUUGAAAAGAUCAAUGACUUCAUAACUGGAUUUCCCUACCCCAAAGAUCGGGAUAAGCCAUCCUUGAUUGAACAGUCCCAUAUCACAUCAGCAUCUCAGAAACUUAGACAGUCAUCAGCACAAAUGCUAAGUCUUGGCUUUAGCUUGCCUUUUCUCAUGAGUGAUGUUGCUGGGCUGAAUGAAGAUGACAAACAUCUGGCAUGUUUCUUGUUGCUGCUGAAAAUUUGCUCAAUUGGUUUUACCUUCGAAGUCAGUGUGUCUGAUUCAGAACGUCUACGAUAUCUGAUUGGCAGGCACCAUGAACAAUUUCGUGCUUUGUAUCCAGAUAAUAUUGUUCGAAAACAUCACUUCAUGCCUCACUUUCCCAGACAAAUGCUGAUGUUUGGGCCUUUGAGGUAUUCUUGGUGCAUGCGCUUUGAAGGCCUUAACUGUCUUGAAAAAGGCCAUGUGCUGUGUGGGAAAAACUUCAAAAAUGUAGCAAAAACUAUUGCAAUGAGACACCAGGAGUGGAUGUGCCUGCAAUUAGCAAAAACGGGGGACAAGUCUCACUACCUGUAUGCUGGUGACCAAGUGAAGGACUGUGGGUACUUGCCAAUUGGUCCCAAUAUAUUAGAACAACUGGGCGUGGCGUUUCCUGAGGACAACAUUGACCCAAGUAACUUGGCCUUGGUUAGAAAACUAAUCAUUCAUGGGAGAACGUAUGAAUGA